GCCAUGAAUCCCGCCGAAGGGGCGGCGGAGGAAGGCGCUGUCCCCGACUCCGAGGUGGAUGCUUUCUUCCGAACAGGUUCUUUUCGAAAUGAUGGUUUAAAAGCUGCUGAUGUCCUUCCUAUACUGAAGGAGAAAGUGGCCUUCGUGUCAGGUGGCCGUGAUAAACGAGGUGGUCCUGUCUUGACCUUCCCAGCCCGCAGCAAUCACGACAGAAUAAGGCAGGAAGACCUUCGGAAACUUGUGACUUAUUUGGCCAGCGUGCCAAGUGAAGAUGUUUGUAAACGAGGAUUCACUGUUAUUAUCGAUAUGCGGGGAUCCAAGUGGGAUUUGAUCAAGCCUCUCCUGAAGACCCUUCAAGAAGCCUUUCCUGCCGAAAUUCAUGUCGCCCUGAUUAUAAAACCUGAUAAUUUCUGGCAGAAGCAGAAAACAAACUUCGGCAGUUCCAAGUUCAUCUUUGAGACAAGUAUGGUAUCUGUUGAAGGCCUGGCAAAACUCGUAGAUCCCUCUCAAUUGACGGAUGAGUUUGAAGGAUCCUUGGAUUACAACCACGAUGAAUGGAUAGAGUUGCGCGUCUCCCUGGAAGAGUUUUUCAACAGCGCCAUCCAUUUAUUAUCAAGGCUGGAGGAUCUCCAGGAAAUGUUGGCUAGGAAGGAGUUUCCAGUUGAUGUUGAGGGCUCAAGAAGGCUGAUUGAUGAGCACACGCAGCUUAAGAAAAAAGUGAUUAAAGCUCCUGUGGAAGAACUGGAUCGUGAGGGUCAGAGGUUAUUACAAUGCAUAAGAUGCAGUGAUGGUUUUUCUGGUAGGAACUGCAUUCCUGGAAGUGCAGAUUUUCAAAGUCUUGUGCCAAAGAUCACCAGCCUUUUAGACAAGCUGCACUCUACCCGGCAACACUUGCAUCAGAUGUGGCAUGUCCGCAAGUUGAAACUGGACCAGUGCUUUCAACUCCGGCUUUUUGAGCAAGAUGCUGAGAAGAUGUUCGACUGGAUCAGCCACAACAAGGAAUUGUUCCUGCAGAGUCACACGGAGAUUGGCGUGAGCUACCAACACGCGCUUGACCUGCAGACGCAGCACAAUCACUUUGCCAUGAAUUCCAUGAAUGCCUAUGUCAACAUCAAUCGGAUCAUGUCUGUUGCGUCAAGGCUUUCCGAGGCAGGCCAUUAUGCUUCCCAGCAAAUUAAACAAAUAUCUAGCCAGCUGGAUCAAGAGUGGAAGAGUUUUGCUGCCGCUCUGGAUGAGCGCAGCACCAUCUUAGCCAUGUCUGCUGUCUUUCACCAGAAAGCUGAACAGUUCCUUUCAGGUGUGGAUGCCUGGUGCAAAAUGUGCAGUGAAGGAGGCCUCCCCUCAGAAAUGCAAGACCUGGAACUGGCCAUCCAUCAUCAUCAGACCCUGUACGAACAAGUAACACAGGCCUACACAGAGGUGAGCCAGGAUGGAAAAGCCUUGCUGGAUGUCCUACAGCGUCCCUUGAGCCCUGGGAAUUCUGAAUCCCUCACCGCUACUGCAAACUAUUCCAAGGCUGUUCACCAGGUGUUGGAUGUGGUACAUGAAGUCCUGCAUCACCAGCGGCGUCUGGAGAGCAUCUGGCAACACAGAAAGGUCCGGCUACAUCAAAGGCUGCAGCUCUGUGUUUUCCAGCAGGAUGUUCAACAGGUACUGGACUGGAUUGAAAAUCAUGGCGAAGCCUUUCUGAGUAAACAUACAGGAGUGGGGAAGUCUCUACACAGAGCACGCGCGCUGCAGAAAAGACACGAUGAUUUUGAAGAGGUAGCACAGAAUACAUACACCAAUGCAGACAAGCUUUUGGAGGCUGCAGAGCAGUUGGCUCAGACUGGGGAAUGUGACCCUGAAGAGAUCUAUAAAGCAGCUCGGCAUCUGGAAGUACGGAUUCAGGACUUUGUUCGGAGGGUGGAACAGAGGAAACUUCUCUUGGACAUGUCAGUCUCCUUCCAUACCCACACCAAAGAGCUGUGGACAUGGAUGGAAGAUCUGCAGAAGGAGCUCUUAGAGGAUGUCUGUGCUGACUCUGUGGAUGCGGUUCAGGAGCUUAUCAAGCAGUUUCAGCAGCAACAAACAGCCACCUUGGAUGCUACCCUCAAUGUUAUUAAAGAAGGGGAAGAUCUAAUCCAACAGCUCAGGGACUCCGCCGUUUCCAACAAUAAGACUCCGCACAAUAGUUCCAUCAGCCACAUUGAGUCUGUCCUUCAGCAGCUCGACGAGGCCCAGGUACAGAUGGAAGAGCUCUUCCAUGAGAGGAAGAUUAAGCUAGACAUUUUCCUUCAGCUGCGGAUCUUUGAACAGUACACCAUUGAGGUUACAGCAGAGUUAGAUGCCUGGAAUGAAGAUCUGCUGAGACAAAUGAAUGAUUUCAAUACGGAAGAUCUCACUCUGGCUGAGCAGCGCUUGCAGCGUCACACCGAGCGGAAGUUGGCCAUGAACAACAUGACCUUUGAAGUCAUCCAGCAAGGACAAGAUUUACACCAAUACAUCAUGGAGGUCCAGGCUUCAGGCAUCGAGCUGAUCUGUGAAAAAGACAUUGAUCUUGCAACGCAGGUUCAAGAACUGCUGGAAUUCCUUCACGAGAAACAGCAUGAGCUUGAGCUUAAUGCUGAGCAAACUCACAAGAGGUUAGAGCAGUGCCUACAGCUCCGGCACCUACAGGCUGAAGUCAAGCAGGUGCUCGGCUGGAUCAGGAAUGGUGAAUCAAUGCUGAACGCAAGCCUCGUCAAUGCAAGCUCCCUCUCUGAAGCUGAGCAGCUCCAGCGAGAGCACGAGCAGUUUCAGCUGGCCAUAGAGUCCCUCUUUCAUGCCACUUCCUUGCAGAAGACACACCAGAGUGCCCUGCAGGUCCAGCAGAAAGCUGAAGUGUUGCUACAGGCUGGGCAUUAUGAUGCUGAUGCCAUCAGAGAAUGUGCCGAGAAGGUGGCCCUGCACUGGCAGCAGCUGAUGCUGAAGAUGGAGGACAGGCUCAAACUUGUCAAUGCCUCGGUGGCCUUCUAUAAAACCUCUGAGCAGGUGUGCAGCGUAUUAGAGAGCUUGGAGCAAGAAUACAGACGGGAUGAAGACUGGUGUGGAGGUCGAGAUAAACUUGGACCAGCAGCUGAGAUAGACCAUGUCAUCCCUCUGAUCAGCAAACAUCUGGAACAGAAGGAGGCUUUUCUCAAGGCUUGUACGCUGGCACGAAGGAACGCAGAGGUAUUCCUCAAGUACAUCCACCGGAACAAUGUCAGCAUGCCUGGAGUAGCAAGCCAUACAAGGGGGCCUGAGCAGCAAGUGAAAGCCAUUCUGAGUGAGCUGCUGCAGAGGGAGAACCGGGUCCUUCACUUCUGGACCCUGAAGAAACGAAGAUUAGAUCAGUGCCAACAAUAUGUUGUCUUUGAGCGCAGUGCCAAGCAGGCCUUAGACUGGAUCCAAGAAACAGGCGAAUAUUACCUCUCUACUCACAACUCCACGGGGGAAUCAGCAGAAGAAACUCAGGAACUCCUGAAGGAAUAUGGGGAAUUCAGAGUACCUGCCAAGCAAACAAAGGAGAAAGUGAAGCUCCUCAUCCAGCUGGCUGACAGCUUUGUAGAAAAAGGACAUAUACACGCCACUGAAAUUAGGAAGUGGGUCACCACCGUUGACAAACGCUACCGUGACUUCUCUCUCAGGAUGGGGAAAUACCGCUACUCCCUGGAAAAAGCCCUUGGAAUCAAUACAGAGGAUAACAAGGACCUAGAACUAGAUAUUAUUCCAGCAAGUCUUUCAGACCGGGAGGUAAAGCUGCGAGAUGCAAAUCAUGAAGUCAAUGAAGAAAAAAGAAAGUCGGCCAGAAAGAAAGAAUUCAUUAUGGCUGAGCUGCUUCAGACAGAAAAAGCUUAUGUCAGGGACUUACACGAAUGUUUAGAGACCUACCUUUGGGAAAUGACAAGUGGAGUGGAAGAAAUACCCGCUGGGAUCCUUAAUAAGGAACACAUCAUCUUUGGCAAUAUUCAGGAGAUAUAUGACUUUCAUAACAACAUUUUCCUGAAAGAACUAGAGAAAUAUGAACAACUGCCUGAGGAUGUGGGCCACUGCUUUGUCACAUGGGCAGAUAAAUUUCAGAUGUAUGUCACCUACUGCAAAAACAAGCCUGACUCCAACCAGCUCAUCCUGGAACACGCAGGGACUUUCUUUGAUGAAAUUCAGCAAAGACACGGCCUGGCCAACUCUAUCUCUUCUUAUUUAAUCAAGCCUGUCCAGAGGAUCACAAAAUACCAACUCCUACUGAAGGAACUGCUAACCUGCUGCGAGGAGGGCAAAGGGGAACUCAAAGACGGUCUGGAAGUGAUGCUCAGUGUCCCAAAGAAGGCCAACGAUGCAAUGCACGUCAGCAUGCUGGAAGGGUUUGAUGAGAACCUGGACGUCCAGGGAGAGCUGAUUCUUCAGGAUUCCUUCCAAGUGUGGGAUCCCAAGUCUCUAAUUCGGAAAGGCCGUGAGAGGCAUUUGUUUCUCUUUGAAAUCUCUUUGGUGUUUAGCAAAGAGAUCAAAGAUUCUUCAGGACACACAAAAUAUGUUUACAAGAACAAGUUACUGACCUCAGAACUGGGAGUGACUGAACAUGUUGAAGGAGAUCCCUGUAAAUUUGCUUUGUGGUCUGGACGAACACCAUCCUCAGACAAUAAAACAGUGCUGAAAGCAUCCAGUAUUGAAACAAAACAGGAAUGGAUCAAAAAUAUCCGGGAAGUCAUUCAAGAAAGGAUUAUCCAUCUGAAAGGAGCUUUGAAAGAGCCAAUUCAGCUCCCCAAGACACCAGCAAAGCAGCGAAACAACAGUAGAAGAGAUGGAGUAGAUGAUGCAGACAGCCAAGGAGAUGGCAGCAGUCAACCUGACACCAUUUCCAUUGCCUCCAGGACAUCACAGAACACAGUGGACAGCGAUAAGCAUUUCGUCUACGGCAGAGACACAGGACAGUUGUCUGGAGGGUGUGAACUAACCGUGGUGCUCCAGGACUUCACUGCGGGCCACAGCAGCGAGCUGAGCAUUCAGGUGGGGCAGACGGUGGAGCUGCUGGAGAGGCCAAGUGAGAGGCCAGGCUGGUGUUUGGUCCGGACGACAGAGAGGAGCCCACCUCAGGAGGGGCUGGUCCCCAGCAGCACUCUCUGCAUUUCCCAUUCCCGCAGCAGCGUGGAGAUGGAUUGCUUCUUCCCUUCAGGAAAAGACGCGUAUUCAGUCUCUUCCAAUGACAACGGGGGCAAGUCUGAUUCAGUGGCCAACUUGCAACCUCAGCCAUCCCUCAACUCCAUCCAGAGCUCUCCUGGCCCCAAGCGCUCGACCAACACACUGAAGAAAUGGUUGACGAGUCCUGUGCGCCGGCUGAACAGUGGGAAGACCGAGAGCAACAUCAAGAAACAAAAGAAGGUGCGAGAUGGCAGGAAGAGCUUUGACCUCGGCUCACCGAAGACGGGAGAUGAAACCACUCCUCAAGGAGACAGCGCAGAUGAGAAGAGCAAGAAGGGUUGGGGAGAAGAUGAACCAGAUGAAGAGUCUCACACACCUCUUCCUCCUCCUAUGAAGAUUUUUGACAAUGAUCCAACCCAAGAUGAGAUGUCCUCUUCUUUGCUAGCUGCUCGACAGAGCUCCUCCGAUGUCCCAACUGCUGCGGAUCUUGUCAGUGCAAUAGAAAAGUUGGUCAAAAGUAAGCUGACCCUUGAAGGAGGAUCUUACCGAGGAAGCUUAAAAGAUGCCACUGGCUGCCUAAAUGAAGGAAUGACGCCUUCAACUCCUCCACGAAACCUUGAAGAGGAACAAAAAGCCAAAGCAAUGAGAGGCAGGAUGUUUGUCUUAAAUGAGCUGGUACAGACUGAAAAAGAUUACGUCAAAGACUUGGGAACUGUUGUGGAGGGCUUCAUGAAGAGGAUAGAAGAAAAAGGAGUUUCUGAAGAUAUGAAGGGGAAAGACAAGAUAGUAUUUGGCAAUAUUCACCAGAUCUAUGACUGGCACAAAGACUUUUUCCUGGCUGAACUGGAAAAAUGUCUUCAAGAACCUGACCGUUUAGCACAGCUCUUUAUUAAGCAUGAGCGGCGGUUACACAUGUAUGUGGUUUAUUGCCAAAACAAGCCACGAUCUGAAUAUAUAGUAGCUGAGUAUGAGGCAUACUUUGAGGAGGUUCAGCAGGAAAUAAGCCAACGGCUAACCAUCAGUGACUUUCUGAUCAAACCCAUUCAAAGAAUAACUAAGUAUCAGCUUCUUCUCAAGGACUUCCUGAGGUACAGUGAAAAAGCUGGUCUGGAGUGCUCUGAGAUAGAGAAAGCAGUUGAAUUAAUGUGCCUUGUACCGAAACGAUGCAAUGAUAUGAUGAACCUGGGUCGCCUCCAAGGCUUUGAGGGCAAGCUGACAGCUCAAGGCAAGCUGCUGCAGCAGGACACCUUCUACGUGACAGAGCAGGAUUCUGGAGUUCAGUCUCGGCCAAAGGAGCGUAGGGUGUUUCUCUUCGAGCAAAUAGUUAUCUUCAGUGAACUCCUUAGAAAAGGAUCUUUAACACCAGGCUACAUGUUCAAGAAAAGCAUAAAGAUGAACUACCUUAUCAUUGAAGAAAACGUGGACAAUGAUCCCUGCAAGUUUGCUCUAAUGAGCCGGGAGACAUCAGAGAGAGUCAUCUUACAGGCAGCUAAUCCAGAAAUUCAGCAAGCUUGGGUACAGGACAUCAACCAGGUCCUGGACACACAAAGAGAUUUCCUAAAUGCGCUACAGUCGCCCAUAGAGUACCAACGCAAAGAAAGUAGCUCAGCAGUGCUGAGGCCCCAGACCGGUAGGGUCCCUCAGCCCAACAGCAGACCCUAUUCUUCUGUUCCAGUAGGGUCUGAGAAGCCUUUGAAGGCUACAAGCCGUAACCCAUCUCUCCCACCCCUGAAGAUAUCUACCUCCAACGGCAGCACAGGGUAUGAACACUCACAGCCCGGAGACAAGUAUGAACAAAGCAAGACUGAUUUAGGGGGGUGCAAUGGAACCUCUUCCAUGGUGGUGAUUAAAGAUUACUAUGCACUGAAGGAGGAUGAGAUCUGUGUGAAUCAAGGAGAGGUGGUGCAGAUCCUUGCUAUCAACCAGCAGAACAUGUUCCUGGUGUACCAGCCUGCAAACGACCACUCUCCGGCCGCUGAAGGAUGGAUCCCCGGCAAUAUCUUGGCUCCCCUCACUAAAUCCACCACAGAUAAUAGCGACGGAAGCAUCAAGAAGUCAUGUUCAUGGCAUACCCUGCGCAUGAGAAAGCGGGCGGAAAAGGAGAGCAGUGGCAAAAAUGAAGCCAAUGGGCCACGUAAAUCCAAGGAUAUUCUGGGGAACAAAGUCUCUGUUAAAGAGACAAACAGCUCAGAGGAAUCAGAGUGUGAUGACCUUGACCCCAAUACUAGCAUGGAGAUAAUCAACCCCAAUUUCAUUCAAGAAGUGGCUCCAGAGUUUCUUGUGCCGUUAGUGGACAUCACCUGCCUGCUUGGUGACACAGUGAUGCUGCAGUGCAAAGUCUGUGGACGGCCCAAGCCAACUAUAACCUGGAAAGGACCAGAUCAAAACAUUCUUGACAAUGACAACAGCACGGCCACUUACACGGUGUCAUCCUGUGACUCUGGAGAGCUCACCUUGAAGAUCUGCAACCUGAUGCCUCAGGACAGCGGCAUUUACACCUGCGUGGCAACCAAUGAACACGGAACGGCGUCAACCUCUGCAACCAUCAAAGUUCAAGGUGUCCCAGCUGCCCCAAAUCGCCCCAUUGCUCAGGAGAGAAGCUGCACCUCUGUGAUCCUGCGCUGGCUGCCCCCAUCCAGUACAGGCAAUUGCACCAUUUCAGGCUACACUGUGGAGUACAGAGAAGAAGGCUCACAAGUCUGGCAGCAGUCGGUAGCCUCAACUCUGGACACGUACCUCGUCAUCGAGGAUCUGUCCCCAGGCUGCCAGUAUCAGUUUCGAGUGAGUGCCAGCAACCCCUGGGGGAUCAGCUUGCCCAGUGACCCAUCCGAAUUUGUAAGGCUCCCGGAGUACGACUCUGCUGCCGAUGGUGCCACUAUUUCGUGGAAGGAAAACUUUGACCUGGCUUACACCGAGCUGCACGAGAUUGGGAGGGGACGAUUCUCCAUAGUAAAGAAAUGUGUUCACAAAGCCACACGGAAGGACGUUGCUGUAAAAUUCAUUAGUAAAAAAAUGAAAAAGAAAGAGCAGGCAGCACACGAAGCAGCUCUGUUACAGCACUUACAGCAUCCUCAGUACAUCACUAUCCAUGAUACCUACGAAUCUCCUACUUCUUACAUACUGGUUUUGGAACUGAUGGAUGACGGUCGUCUCUUAGAUUAUCUAAUGAACCACGAUGAACUAAUGGAGGAAAAAGUCGCUUUCUAUAUAAGAGACACAAUGGAAGCCUUGCAGUAUCUUCACAAUUGCAGAGUGGCUCACUUAGACAUAAAGCCGGAAAAUCUGCUCAUUGAUUUAAGAAUCCCAGUACCUCGUGUCAAGAUCAUUGAUUUAGAAGACGCAGUUCAGAUCACAGGUCAUUACCACGUCCACCACCUCCUUGGAAACCCAGAGUUCACAGCUCCUGAAGUUAUCCAAGGCCUUCCUGUCUCCCUGAGCACGGAUAUCUGGAGCAUCGGCGUCCUCACCUACGUCAUGUUAAGUGGUGUCUCUCCAUUCCUGGAUGAAAGCAAAGAGGAGACUUGUAUCAAUGUGUGCAGAGUAGAUUUCAGCUUCCCGCCCGAGUACUUCUCCGAUGUGAGUCACGCCGCCAGGGAUUUCAUCAACGUUAUCCUCCAGGAAGACUCCAGGAGGAGGCCGACAGCGGCCACUUGUUUACAGCAUCCGUGGCUGCAGGCGCACAACAGCAGCUAUUCCAAGAUCCCGCUGGAUACCUCCCGCUUGGCUUCCUUCAUCGAGCGCCGCAGGCACCAGUACGACGUGCACCCGGUGCCCAGCGUCAAGAGUUUCCUGAUGAGCAGGCUGAACCCAGGCACGUAAUGCCCCCCUCCCCGGGGUCCCUCACCGCUGGCGCACGGAGCGAGCAGGCACAAAGCAGAUCUCUCUGUACAUAGCCCCGUACUCGGCGUUUACAUUUCACGUGGCUUCCCUGACCCCAGGGCACAAAUCGUUGCGGAGGUGGCAGCAUCUGCCCAGUUCCUCGGGACCAAAGCAAAGGAGGUAACGGCCGGUGGAUACCCGCUCCCUCCCCUUGGUGGGCUCCUCCUGGGACACGGCCUGUUGUCUCAUCCACCCCAAAACAGGACCACGGGAAGCAAUCACCAACUGGAAAUGAGAGCCAAAAUUGCAGUUGCCUUAAUCUCUGUGAGGCAGCCUUAUAAGAAAUCCUCUUGAUCUUGCUGAACUGCUUUCAAAAUGUACAAGAGAUUAGGAGUAGGGUAGUUGGGGGGAGUGAGACUAGGCUGACCUUAGCACGUACUGCAGAACUGGACUGAAGUCAGUUUUUGCUGAAAUCACUGCAAGCCUGCUCCAGGUUAACAGAUUUUGCACGCCUCAUAUUCCCGGGUCUGCCGUGAUUUUGGUGGGGACUUUGCCUGUGUAGGACACGCAAGAUCAGGCCCUACUCACGGCUGGGUCGGCUUCCGUGGUGGCGUGGCUUAGAUACACUCUCGCUGUGUUAGUGCUCAGACCAAAAUCCCCCGUUAAUCCUCGGGCUUUCUGCUGUGUCAAGUCAACAUGCAGUACCUUCCAGAGCUACGAUUAAGGCAAUUAAUUCAUUGGAGCAUACAGCUAGUUUUGACUAAGCACAAUGGGACUACGAUGGGUUUUUUUAAAAGCAUUUUAUAAGCACUGUACAGAAAUCUUUUGCAAAACCUGUGCAUUGAGAAAAGGCUGUGUCCAAUUUUUGCAGUAUCUGUAAACUAGAUGACGAUGAUGAAGACAAUUUUUUUCUAUCACAGGUUUUCAGUAUACAUAUAUUGUAUCAUACAUAUAAAUAUAUAUAUAUAUUUAAAGGAUCCUGUUCCAUUUCUAGCUUCAGAAUUGCUUGGCCCAAAGUCCAUCUAAGCCUUUCAGAGUGCAGUAGGAGUGGUGAGUUCACCCUUGUGCUUACAGCUUGAAAAUCGUUUUCAGUGUUUAAAGUAUGUCAUUUGUUUCAUUUCCAAACUUGUAAAUAUCUCUCAGCCUCCAUUAGCACCUCAUCACCAAAGCAUUCGUGAGGAUAUUUUUAUGUCCAAAGCCUCAUUUGUAAUAAAAUAAAAAAUAUUCACAAUUAAAACACUUCUCUCUUGCAAGCCAAGUUGCAACAUCCUCAUAUUGAUGUUACAGUGAAUGGAGCCAGCCUUAAAUAUAACCAACGCAGGGAGUCAGCAGUGACAAAUCAGCAGUUUGUAGACUGGCCAAACCUUCCUCUCUAGCAGUGGGACUGGGAAGGGAAACACCUCCCUGCCUGGGGCUUCCCCAUCCUGUUGCUGCACCAUAAAAUUCUGCAGCCUUGUAAGGUGACGAUCAAAGAGAGACUUUUUUUCCCCCCCUGUCAUGUGAGGACUUUGUCUCGGUGCUGAGUGCCAUUGCUGUGCCUAUAAUGGGAAAUAUCACUUGUUGCCAAAGGUUUUCCUGGAUAAAAGGGCUUGAGUAUGCUCAGUAUAGAGUCUCUUGUAAGGGCAAGAGUCAAAUUUAAUUUACCAUCCAAGUAACUGCACUGUGAGCCUGCGCUAUCUCUGCAGGAGCAAAAGCUGUCUCUGCCAGCAGGCGGUGGAGAUACUCUGCAAGGACUGUUAAACUCUCAGGGCUCUGCUAGUCCUUUCUUUGAUCCACCUCUGAGCUCAGCUUCAGGGAAGGAUGGAGGCCUGGCCCUUCUCUAUCAGUGCACUGGAGUGGUCAGUAUUCCGCUAGUGGAGAAGAAAGGAGGCACAGCAAAAAAAAACCAAAACCUCAAGUUCAGCACCAUGUGCAUGCAAUACAAGAACAGAUCUUGAGGUCAGGGAGCCACAGUCAGGAGAGUGAGGCCGGGUGCCUGAGCAGAGCCAGAAGUGGUGUACGAGGCUGUGUGGCUGCUGGAGAGAGAUCUAACACAGAGGGGAGUUGUGCAAAGGCUUGAAAGAAUCAUAGAGUAGUUUGGGUUGGAAGGGACCUUAAAGAUCAUCUACUUCCAACCCCCUGCCAUGUUCAGGGACACCUCCCACUAGACCAGGAUGCUCAAAGCCCAUCCAGCCAGAAAGAGAUGGCAUUCACAUAAGGCUAAACCCUAUCUCAGUUCCCCUCUGUCGUGCAGCAGCUCAUUGUCUAAGUGAGCCAGCAGCACCUCUUAGACAUAGACCAGACUCUCAUCCUGAGCAAGAGUGCGAAGCAUGCGAUUUCUUAGCAACCAAAACUUCUUCAGACAGCAGUCAUCAAGGGGUAUCUUUAAUUAGCACCAGCCUCAGGUACUUUCUCACUACAGGACUGUUUGUACUGCUUCCUAUUUGUCAAAGCUGGCUCUUUGUGCUGUGAUAGCGCUGCCCUUAAAAAAAUAUUUGUGGAAGUGUGGUUUAUAAAACCCACAGCUUUUAUUAGGCCUGUGGGUACAGUUUAAGCCACAGACUUUCUACUUGGCACUAAUACAAACAAAUUCUCAUGUAUCACAUGAAAUCUGGAGUUAUUUAUCAUUUUAUUUUCUUACCUCCUACAUUCACAUCUCAAACUGUAACAGCAGACACUUUGGAUACACAGAGGGGAAGAGAUGGAUUGUUUAAAGGGAUAUUUAAGCCUUUCAUUGGUAUCAAAUAACACCAAAAAACCCCCAAAAAACCAAACCAAAAGGCUGGAAGAGGAUACAUGUUAGGUAUUGCUGCUUAGAUUCCAAAAAAGACAAUUUCUUAACAAGGGAGAGCUGGAGGUGUUGAACUCAGAAGAUUUUGAAUGUUAUGGAGUUGCUUUCCUCUAUGGUUCUGCUUUUUCUGUGUUAGAGAGAACUCCUCUUCCUGGGCACUGCUCUUCUUACAGCACAUUCAGGAAAACUCAGAUUAGUUAAGUACUACAAGUUAGUACGUCCAGAUUCAUUUGUGAUUAUCAACCAUUCUUGCAUUUUAUCUCAAAGAUUUCUUGUGCCUAAAUAAAAUCAAGUUGACAUCAAAUGCUGCCGUAUGAUAAAUACAGAGGAAGUAUUCUGACCUUGCUCUCUCAAGGUCUCUUUCAGCCAACCUGUGGCCUCUCUGCAGACCCCAAAGGACCUCUAACUCUCUAGUAAACUGUAAUUCUGUCAUAAAGAGAUUGCAGAAGCUCAGGAAGGAGGCCUGGAGUGAGCCUACUGGGUGAGAAGCACCACAGCCAUCCCCUUUUGCAGCAUUCUCCAAGUACUGGAUUUUUUGGUGCAUGAAAUAUUGCCUGUAACAAACACGGGGAAACACUGUUUCUCAUAAAUCUCCGUUGGGCACUUACAAAGCUCCUCAGAGAGCAGCUGGCUCCGAGGGAAAGAUUUCCACCUGCAGCUUUAGCACUCAGGGUAUUCCCAUGAUGGCCGAGUGAAGGCGUGACAGUAUCUGCACCUUCCAGCUUCUGUGGCAGCUUCAGAACAGCUAGAAUGACCAACAGUAUUACUAGCAAUGGAGCAGCAGAAGCCCAGUGCAGACUGGCACCACGCACGCAGCCACCACCUUCAGACAUCUUCACGGUGGCCUUACUCUGCACUGACAUCAAAGAACACUUGCUCACAGUGUCACCCUGGGGCUGGGCUGGGUGGCAGGCCUGCAGGAAGGCAGCAGCAAGGGCACCAGCAACACAAAGCCCGGUGACAUGUGCCACUCAUUAUUUAAGAUGGCCACAAUGAAAGAGUGCAAGUGGCAACAAGAAACCAACUCUCCUCUCUCUCUCUGCUCCACUCGGAGCAGCCCGGCCAGGUAGUUUCACUCUUAGCCAUCGGACAGGAAAUCUGAUUGCCCCUGUAACAUUGUCAUCCUGUGUCCCAAGCGCUUGCUGCCCUGUGGGUGACCCCCAUGUCUCCACCGAGCUGCCAAACGCCCUACGCAUGUUACUACAGGGAUGACACGCAGCCAGUCCAGGGGUUUGGAAUUUAAUAUUUUAAAGCAAUCCUGGCUUUAAAAUUUAUAAAAUUUCUCUCUUCCUACUUGUACCAACAAGUCUUUUUUACUCUUACUGCCCUUUUAUUUUAAGUGACUCUAUUUUUUCCAGUAACAUUUAUCUUUAAAAGCAUUUUACUUUUAAACUAAGUGCUGAGAUAAAGUCUGUGCCCUCAAUUGACCUGUACAAGUUCUGCGGCUUCAGUGGAGCUCAUUGGCAUUUCUGAUCAUGCUAUUGGGCCUUUGUUAUGGAAACCGUGAAUAAAGGCUAAAUGCAGAACCGCACAUUAUUACUUGACUAUAUAUAACCCAAUUUUAAUACCCUUGCAGUGAGGGGACUGCAUCAAGUGACCUGGGAUAAUAUAAACAUCCGAGACAGAUGUAAAGGCUAGUCUGUAUAUAUAAAUGUCUAAGAGAGAAUUAACGUGCACAGGGGCUAACCACCUGGUUUUGUUUCUGUUCCUUCCACUGCAGAGGCAGAUUCUCCUCCAACACAGGGCUUGGAUUUAAUUCCCAGCUCAUUCAUUCAUGUCCCGUCAGAAAAUGGUGCUUUCCCAAGGAAAUAAAAUAAAAUCCCAUUUUACUAGGCUGACUGCACACUGCCAUCAAGUGAUGAAUUCUCGUUCUGGGAUCUGUAUAGUGGUGAGUGUUACCAUAGCGUCAGGAUGCUGAAUAUUCGCUGUAACUGUAGUCUUUAUUAUGGAGCUAGUGAAAAAACCAACAUCUCUACUCAAGCCAUAUCUCACCUUCAUGUCCAACUUCUGAUGCUGGUGCUUUUACCUCUCUUUCUACCAAACUGUUCAGUGUUGCUCUGCCACUGAGGUCAAUUAGCUGGUAAUUUUUGGAAGGCAAAUGCAAUAGAAAGUGCAAAAAAAAAAAACCCUAAAAAUUAAAUCUCAGAUUUGUUCACUGAGAUGAGAGCUAACAGCUGGAAUAUAUUGAUGCUUUUCAAUUUUUGCAACAAUCAACUGAAGGAGGACAAAAGAAACAGUAUUGCUAACAGCUCAGCAUUUUCAAGGUGCAAAGUAAUUCCACAGCCUUAAUUAUUUCAGUGUAUUGCUGGUCUGCCUUAAAUGUAUCUUCAGUUUUAUUGCAGAUUUCAUUUUGUACGCACACAAUGUUGUUUUGUAAAGGUAAGUUUGUAAAUAUUUCCUUUGUAAGUCUAAUCACUCAUGUGUACUGUUGUGAGGUGAUUACUUGCUGUCCCAUGUUGUUAUUACUAUACUGCAGUAUAUAUGAUCAUCUACAGAUGUAUCUUCCAACUGUACAUCUUCUGUCCUUGCAUUCCUAUAAAUAGAGUAUACUAAUGAUGCAGUUUCUGGGCUUUUUUGAUUAAAUACAAUUGUUCAGA